UUAUUUUCCACAUCCGAACCGGCAUUUGAGCUUUUAUAUACACAGAUAAGAGUCAUCACCGAUUAAUCAAAUUUCAAAAAUACUCCAAGAUCGGGAACCCCCUUCUUUUGAAGUUAAAAAUUUCCGUAUUUCAAUGGCGAAGGCUACAGGCAGUGGAAGCAGUCCAAGAUGGUCUCUUUCUGGAUUUACCGCUCUCGUUACCGGUGGCACACGAGGAAUUGGGCAUGCGGUUGUGGAGGAAUUAGCGGAACUGGGUGCCACAGUGUACACUUGUUCACGGAAUGAAGCACAGCUCAACGAACGCUUGCAAGAGUGGGCCGUUAAAGGCCUUCAAGUUAAGGGUUCUGUUUGCGAUGCAUCUUCUAGGGAACAGAGAGUUCAACUCAUGGAAAAUGUCUCCGCAGCUUUCGAUGGAAAGCUCAACAUUCUUAUAAACAAUGUGGGGACUAAUGUUAGGAAGCCCACCACCAAUUAUACUGCUGAAGAAUAUACCCGUCUGUUUGCUACCAACUUGGAAUCUGCAUACCAUCUGUGCCAACUUGCUCAGCCUCUUUUGAAAGCAUCUGGAAAUGGAUCGGUUGUCUUUAUCUCUUCUGUUGCUGGUCUGGUGCACGUCUCCAGUGGUUCUAUCUAUGGAGCAACGAAAGGGGCAAUGAAUCAGCUUACACGAAAUUUGGCUUGUGAAUGGGCAAAAGAUAACAUUCGGGUUAAUGGUGUUGCCCCAUGGUAUAUAAGGACGUCUUUGGUAGAACAUUUGCUCGAAAAUAAAACAUUUUUAGAUGGAGUAAUAUCUAGAACUCCCCUUAAACGUCCUGGAGAAUCUGAAGAAGUUUCAUCCCUGGUAGCUUAUCUAUGUCUACCUGGGGCAUCUUACAUUACAGGGCAAGUUAUAGCGGUUGAUGGAGGAUUCACAGUCAACGGGUUCGAAAUGCCAAGCUUCUGAUCUGUAUUCUCAUCUACAGAUGGUAGCCGACCGUCAUGAAUAAAGCUCUAUUUAGUAUUUUUCCUUAAUUCCCUGUUUAUCGGAUCAUAAGAUGGCAUGCGUUUGCCCGACAUGCCUUAUUUACUGAAUAUAAAAUCUAGUUUUCUAUCUUUUUCUUUGUUCUGAGAGCAGCAUUUUCUGCUGUUGUUUAUGUUGGGGAUCAUUUUAAGUUCUUUUUCAGCUUUGCAUGUUCCUUGCAACUA